AUGUCGGCGAAAAGCUUCGCUGACUCAAUCGUCCCGAUCCAACCGCCGCCGCAACGGCGAGAAUGGAGGAGGCCUCUCGUCCUUGGCGUCCUCCUCUUCUGCAUCUGGUCAUGGAAACUUCACGAGUGCUUCUACGACCGCAAUGCCGUCCUCCACCCAACGUCGCAUCCCUUCCCCGUGUACACCGACUGGCAUGACGUCCCCACCAGCGAGAAGCUUCACUGGGUGCGCUGCGCCCUUCCGGACAUGCCGCCCGAGACCUAUCUCUGCGCCCGCCUGACUGUGCCGAUGGACUAUCAGCGGCCCCUGAAUCAGUCCUCGGACAACCCAAAGGUCCACGUCGCCAUGGUCCUCCUCCCGGCGCCAGGUCACGGGCUCGACACCCGCCGCUUCUCCGAGUCCCCGCUGGUCCUGAACCCGGGCGGACCCGGCGGCGUCGGCACUGCCUUCGUGUACCCGCCCAAGGGCCCCAGUAUUCAAGCCGCCGUCGGCGGCGAUGUGGAUCUUCUCGGCUUCGACCCCCGCGGCAUCGGCGCCACGGUGCCGUCCGCCGAUUGCUUCGGCGGCGGGGCCGACGCCUCCGCAGACGCCAAGAGGCUCGCGCUGAUGCGCAGGAUGACCUGGAUCACCGCCGCCCACGACGUCGGCCUGCCCAACGGCACCAACGAGGCCAUGGACGCCCUCGCCAACCGCGCCAGGGCCGUCUCGAAGCUGUGCCUGCAAAAUCACGGCGGCGACGACAGCGCCUUCAGGUACAUGAGCACACCCAACGUCGCGGCCGAUAUCAAGAGCAUUGUCGAGGCGCACGACGACUGGCUCGAGGACAACGGCUUCGAGACGGUGGCCCUCGGCGCGGGGGUGCGGUCGCCGAGCGAGGCUGCUCCACCUUCUACCAAACGCAAGCUCGUCUACUGGGGCUUCAGCUACGGCACACUGAUCGGGCAGACCUUUGCUGCCAUGUACCCUGACUCUGUCGGUCGACUUGUACUUGAUGGCGUAGUGAAUUCUCACGUGUACGACAGACCUACUUGGUGGGUGUCAACAAUGAGAGACGCAAAUCCCAUCCUGGACAGGUUCUAUUACUACUGCCACCUCGCUGGGGGCAAGUGUGACCUGUUCCGCGAGGGCGACGAACCAGACGACAUCAAAGCACGAUACGAAGGCGUCAUGGACAAGUUGCGAGCCGAGCCGCUCAUCGUCAUCUCCAAGAGCAACAUGCCCGUGGUCUUGAUGGAGGCCGACAUCAAAAAGAUUGUCUUCUCCGCCUUGUAUGCCCCGGUGAUGCUCUUCCCCCUUAUCGGUACCCUCAUCAAUAUCCUACACACGGGGGCAGACAUCUCCGAUUUCGUCAGCGCUCCCGACUUGACCCCGAUGUGUAGCGCCGAGUUCCGAAUGCCUGCGAUUCUUGACGUGAGCGAGAGCCAGCCGGCGGUCAGCUGCAGUGACCAGCAGAUCAAGCGCAACGAGACCCUGGAUGAGCUGUACAAGAGAACCUCCAGCUACACAUCGUUUGCUGACGUGCUCAUGUCCCUGAUGAUGUCCUGCGAAGGCUGGAGCUUCGAGGCCAAGUAUCCAAGCCCAGACUGGGACGCCGACUUGAACAGCCCGGAUCCCGUCAACACGUCCUUCCCCAUCCUCUUUGCGGGCAACACGUACGAUCCCGUCACACCGCUCGGCGCGGCCUUGGACAUGACCCAGAACUUCGUCAACGCAGGCGUCUUCGAGCUCCAGGCCGAGGGACACUGCACGUUGGCCGCGAUCUCCGUCUGCGCCGUGACCAAGAUCCGCGAUUACCUGCAAAAAGGCAUCGUGCCGCCGCAUCCCGCCGUAGCCACCGACGGCACCCUAUCGGGCUGGGACAAGUGCAAGAGCGAUGAGCGGCCCUGGAAACCUUUCCAGGCAGAUGCUACCAUGCACGCGGAGGAGCUGCAUGUGCUGCGAGCUUUCAGAGAUGUGCACGCGGAGAUUAUCGGUCUCCUGAUCCCGGCGACGAAACUCCGUUUGUAUGAUAUGUGA